AUGGCGGAAGAAGAUGUUGUCAAAGAGAUAGCGGUUGAAAGUAAUGGGUCUAUUCCAAAUGCAAAACCACUCAGCAAAGAGGAAUUAUGGAGGAUAGAGCAUGAAAAGUUACAUGCUAAACACAAAGGACAUGAAGCUAUGCACAUGGAGAUGGUUCUUAUUUUAUUUUCUACUCUAAUAGUUGCACAGGUUCUUCUGGUAAAAUGGAAAAAACACUACUACAAGUCAUUCAUGACUGUGACCCUUGUUGGCAUGUGGUUAAUUCCUCUUUACUUCAAUGUACAACUCAAGUUCUGGCGCAUGUUGUGCGCAUGGGCUUUAUUCUCAGUUUUAACUGGAUUUAUUGUUUUCAAGUCCACACGAAAACCAGUAGCACCAAGUACCCCUAGACUAGUUUACAAGUGGUUUUUAUUUGUACACAAAGUAACCUAUGGCCUGGGAAUAUUAGGCUACGUGAUUGUUUGUAUGACCAUGCUAGGAAUGAAUCUGAUGUUUGCAAUUAAACCUGAUACAGCGAUGGAGUUUGGAGUGACAGUGUUAUUCUAUGGACUUUAUUUUGGAGUUCUUGGCAGAGAUUUUGCGGAGAUUUGUGCUGAUAAAAUUGCAUCAAAACUAGGAUACACAAGUAAAGGUGGCCUUCCAAGCAGAAGUCUGGAGACUAAUAUUUGUGCAGUGUGUGGCCAGGAGCUUGUGUUGCGUAGUGAUGAGGAUGAGGACGAUGGGCCUGAGAAAACUUAUAAACUUACAUGUGGUCAUUUAUUUCACGAGUUCUGUAUUCGAGGCUGGUGUAUUGUUGGAAAGAAACAAACCUGUCCGUAUUGUAAAGAGAAAGUGGACCUCAAGAGAAUGUUCUGCAACCCGUGGGAGCGCCCUCACGUCCUAUUUGGACAGCUGUUGGACUGGAUCCGAUAUCUAGUGGUUUGGCAACCCAUAAUAAUAGUUGUAGUUCAGAUAAUAAUUUAUUGUUUAGGGUUAGAGUAGCUACGGCUGCUGUUUCUUCAAAGAAUGAUUUAAUCUACCAAAAACUCGCAUAAAUUUAUCGUCAAACAAAGUUUUAUUUGCCCAAAUUCAAACAGCAAUUGGAAGAAAUGCCCAGAUAUUUGUUCAGUACUUUAUUAUAUCAAGAGAUUUUUUUUUAAUUGUUAAAAGUAUGGUUCCGUUCGUAGUUUGGUUUUCGAAUUGGAACAUGUAUUUAUCGCACCAAACAAAACGUCGUAUUUUUUCGUUCAAAAAUAGUAUGAAGAGUUAUUUUCAAAGUUUUGCUAUUAACUUGUCCCUCGGUUUCAUCGCAGAGCGUGCGUUUUGAUGGUACUUUCAUGUAUGACCUUAAAAUACUUACCGAUUUUUACGCUAACAGCUUCGAUUUCUUCGUAGGAGAGCAUUUUAAAAGUGUUUUUGCUCUGGAAGUAGCGAAUAUUUUCUAAGACCUACCACGGUUGGAGUUUGAUUAUAAAUAACCGCAUGGGUCACUGUUUUGUUCCGAGCUGGUUUCUGAAAGUGCCAGUCACUUUUGUCUUAAACUAUCGGUGUCACUAUUUCUUUUCUGAUUGGCCGGCUAAAAGCACACAGCUGUUCGUCUUUAGCGUGGUUUCGUUACGCAAUUAGAGACCAAAGGUUUAUUGCAAGUGGCGCACUCUAAGGCCGAAUUACGUAAAAACAGUUUUCAAUUCUUAGAGCUCAAAGGGAUCGUUUGCUUUGAAUUAAUAUUUUAAAUAAAAGAGUGCUCAGCCUCUUUAUUUCUAAAUUUCAAUCUGUCUUUCUUUGUUAGUUUUAAUAAAUUUCAACUUUGCCGUCUAACGAUUACUUGAAAUGUAUUAUUGUCAGUGAUAAUCUUAAUUUUAUCAGAAUGUUUUUUUUUCUUUUUUUUUUAAAGGAAACUCUCAUCCUUAACUCUCUGUCGGCGAAAUAAAACGUUUUAUCCAGCACAGUUGUUGCACGCGUACGAGAAUCUUCUAGGCCUUGGUUUGUUUUACCUUUUUUUGCGGCUUUCGGAGAAGACACAGACCACGGCCUUUAUGAUUCUCAGAGUUAUUCUGAACCUUAUCUAUUCUUAAUCCAACAAAUACGUUUCCUGCCGUCUGAAAGUUCGAAAAAAUAAUUUUAUGAGAAUCGCAGUUGGUGGGCAAACUGUGCAACUGACAUCUCCGAUUACAUUUGGAUUUGAUGGUGCAACAAAAAUCUUUUUUUUGAUCAGCAGACAUAAUAAUCUCGCAUAUUGAUUUUCGUUUUUAGAGGAAUUAAAUACAGAAUUUCUCGCAAUAGUAUCUAUAAAUAAAUGAAAAAUGAAGUUUUUGAAGGCAUAGUAUGUGAAUAAGAUAGAAUAAUUGGAAAACAUUUUAUUAAAGGCACGCUGGAGUUCUAAUGGAAAACAGAGUUGGAAAACCUGUCAAAAUAUUGCAUAUUGAUCGACGGAACAAAGAUAGCAGCUUUAUAUUAGAAGGGGGUUUUCGUGGAAUAAUAAUAGUUAAGAUGAUCCUAUUCUGCUUUUCUCUUGCACACCUUUUCCAUCGCCAUUACGUGAACACCGUUGCAAUUAAUUUUAGUGAAAACAAAUUCUGAUUGUGCUGAGUAGGUAGAGCAAAAAAAAACAAUUUCCCUCCAAAUGAAAAUCAAUUUCCUGCUAAGAGAGGAAAUUGCGAUCUCUCCGUUUGAAGGCCGAGGUACUCAGUGAGAGAAAUUACCAAUUAGUCAACUUGAAAGGUUUGGUGGAGAAAACAUCACUCUUUUGUCAUUUACACGUUUGUUAAAUGAAAUAAAGUAACUGGCGCCGGGGGAGCGUAAGUUAAUUCGAAGUGGA